GUCAAAAAAUGGAGACAGUUAUCGAAAAUCGGGAUUUGGACGGGUUAAAGGAGGUUGUGAAGGCGGAAAAAAAGACUGCGAAAGACGACGAAUUUGUGCUUCUAAAAGUCGACGGGUUUCUGAAAAAGCGGGGAUUCAAGGUCGCCGAGCAGCCUUCAGCCACCAAGGAAGAGCUUGCAAGGCGGCAUUUUCAUUUUGUGAUGAAUUGCUCCAAGCUUGGUUUGUGCUCCAAAAACACUCCCCUGAGCACUCUACAGGACCUCUUGGAGAUGAGCUCAAUUGAGGAGUGUAAGCAGAUUUUCAGCAUAGUAGAAGAGAAUAUGAACGAGUUUAAGCAGCCCGGCUUCAUUGAAACCGCCCAGAACAAUAUUCUACGCUUCUGCAACGAUUUGCUCCGCCGCUUGAGUAGAACCGCUGAAACAUCGUUCUGCGGAAGAAUUAUGUUCUUUCUCUCGAGAUUCCUCCCGCUAACCGAAAAAUCCGGUGUAAACUUUAUGGGACACUUCAACACGCUUAACGUUACCAACUACGACGAGUCUGAAACCGACGGUGAAGCUCUUCUCGCUGCCACGUCAUCGGCUCCAACACCUACGGAAGGAGCAGAGGAUAUGGAAACUGGAGAAAUCGAAGAGGAUAACUCAAAAGAAAUCCAAGUAACUCCCGAGAUGUAUCGCCAGUUUUGGUCCCUUCAAAAAUUCAUGUCAAAUCCGAAUUCAAUAUACGAAAAGGAGAAGUUUUUGACGUUUAAAACGGAUUUGACAGCAGUUCUCACCCUAAUGACGUCGAAUAAGCUGGAAAAACUCUCCUCCGAAGAGGAAGAAGCUCUGGAAAAUCGACAGAAAAAGCAGCAAAAAGGAUCCAGUAACGACGUGUUUUUUACCAAAUAUUUGACGUCUCCAAAGCUUCUCGCCCUCCAACUCAACGAUUCUUCAUUCCGACGGUACUUUUUAAUGCAGGCGAUCAUUAUUUUUCAAUAUUUGACAGCAGAAUCUCGAUUUAAACCCCCGGCAAAAAAAAUGGUGCUAAACGAGGAUCAAGCGAAAUAUGUGUCAGAAUGUGAGGAUAAAUGCUAUAGAUUGCUGGCUGAUACGAUGCCACGUGGCACUGCAUUCGUUGCCGGGCUCAAGCGAAUUAUGCUCCGCGAGCAGGAGUGGAAUACGUGGAAAAAUGCGAAUUGUGCAGAUUUUUCCGAAAAAGCCGAUAAAGGAGCCAUGCAGAUGUACAAAAAACGGCAACGCAUUCCAUUCAACCCAAAUUCUCUCGAUCUUGGAACUCCUGAGCUCACAAAACUCUGGACAAAUGAGCCCGAUGUGCUCAAAGCCUGUAAAUCGGAUAAGAGAAAAUUCAUCCCAAAACUGCCGGAUUUCAUUCGCGAUCCGAUUGACGAGAUGGAUCCCGAGCAGCAAGUCGAGGAGCAGUAUAAACAAAUCAACGAUAGCGCAUUCCAAUGGCGAGCCGCCCGUCUCCUAAUGCACAAAUCUCCGGGAUACGUGACAAAAACCGACACAAAAACCGAUCCGACGACUAAUAUCAAGGAAUUUUUGGAGAGAAAUAUGUAUAAUGCGGCAAAGAAUUUUAAUGAAUUCAAGGAAUCGAUCGAGAAUCGUGAGAAAAAGGAGGCAGAAGCUCGGAAAAAAGUGGAAGAAUCGCUCAAAAGGAAGCUCGAUUCGUCAAAAGUGAAGCCAAGCCAAACAUCUUCUCCGAACCCCUACACAGAUACAAUUCUCUCGGAUGAGCAUCUCACCCAGUUGGCUCGAGAUUUAUCGAAAUUUAAAUCAAAUCUCGCGAAAUGCUUUGGCACAAAGCUCCCCGCCGAUGACGUCACCAGUGAUGAGAAGAUUUGCUUUAAAAUUCUCAAAAGUUGGGCUGAAAAGAAUGGGAGAAGCGGGCGGAGUCUGUUGAAUACGCUAAUUACCGAUUUGGAUGUGAUUGAGGUGGCUCAGGCGAGCAUGAAGGUACGGUUUUUCAGCGAAAAAAUGAAGAAUUUCAGCGAAAAAUCAUUUUAA